ACCCCCUGCAGGUCCCAUCUUCGGAUAUCCGAAUAUGCUCGAACUAACUCUCCGAGGCCGCUGAUUGGAUUCACCACUACUAUAUUUUCUUCUCGAAUUCAUUUCCGACGUUCUGGUUCUAUUGAAUCAUCAGCAAAAUGUCACUGAUAAAAGAAUCCUCUUUCAUCAUAUUCUCUCAGUAAAUUACUCUCAUUUUCCUAGCAACUGCUAUGUUACAGUUGCAACAUUUAAUCAUCAAGCAAACAUAUUUGUGUUAGUUUCUUUCCCGCUAUAAAUAUAUUUACACACACACACACACACACACACACAUAUAUAUACAUAUUACACAUAAUGUACAUAGGAGAAGUCUACAUGCAACAUGAAACUAAGCAUUAAUUUGGGAACCAGUUCAGCAUACGUAUAUUACUUUCACUUUGUCAAUCUUCUCUUCUGUACUGCAUCGUUGUUUUGAAAAUUUAGGAGAACUACUUCGAGUUUCAGAAAAAAAUUUAUGGCAGCGGAAGUUCAGAAAGUAGUGGUGAUCCAGGAUGCAUCCAAAGACAUUGUUAGUUCGAGCUCAAUCAAACGGGUCCUGCAAAGCUUAUCCCUUAAGCCUGGGGAUGAACUUAUACUUCUUUCGGUUCUUCACCAGGUUAAUAAUCCUAGUACGUUUGCUGGGAGACUGUUGGGAUACAGAACCAAGAUAGACUCGAGUUCAUUUAUUGGAACCAACCAGAAAGUCAUAGAAGAAGAGCUUGUGAGGAAAACUGAGGAGUAUCGUAGCAAAGAGGAGAUCACUAUGAUUUCUACGAUGUGUAAAAAAGUGAAGGUUGAGUUCAACACGAAGGUGGUUGCUGGUCCCUCUCAGAAGAUGGUUGCUGCAGAGGCCGCGAUAAGAUUGGGAGCAACAUGGGUGAUUCUCGAUAGGCAGAUGAAGAAAGACAAGCAAUUCUUCAUGGAGAAGUUGCCAUGUGGCAUAUCGAGGAUGAAACGUAACAAUUCUGUUGAACAAUUGCGAGGGCCAAAAGAAAUUGGGGGGAUCAUCAACAAACCAGUCACCAAAAAACGCAGUAAAAGCUCCCAUGUAAGAUAUGAUGAAAUGAUACCAGGAAGCCCAGAGGAAGAACCUUCUCCUAAAAAAUCUCCAAGUCCUCGUACGAGCAGUUUUGGAAAAGAACAAGAUGGUCGUGGACACUCAAGGUCUAGCUAUAGAAAAUCUACAUCCUCAAGUGAUCUGCAGCUAGCAAGUAGAGUGUCAAGUUCAACUCUGGGGAAUACUGACCUAUUUAAUCCUGGCUUUGCCUGUAAUUAUGGGGAGGAAGAAAGCACGACCAAUGCCGAAAGAGGGAAAGCAGGAGAGCAGUCCUCAUUUCCAAUUCCAGAGAUUCAAGCAAGGGAUCAAAAGGAAACACAUAAUGGUGGGAGUCCCAAUGAACAGAAACAGCGUAGCUACAAGGACGAUUGGAUAGGAGAAUGUCGAACAGAUGAAGAAUUCAAAAAUUCAGUAUGCACAGAUUGCAAGAAUAAACGGCCAAUGAUUGGAUGGAAGAGAGACUUUACGUAUGCAGAUCUCGUAGCUGCUACGGAUGGAUUUUCCGACAAGAACUACUUGUCUGAAGGCGGAUUUGGUUCCGUCUACAGAGGAGAACUUAAUGGGCUGAAGAUUGCUGUUAAGCAACAUAAGAAUGCAAGCUGCCAAGGAGAAAAAGAAUUUGAGUCUGAAGUUCAUGUACUCAGCAAGGCAAGACAUGAGAAUUUGGUAAUGCUGUUAGGAUCAUGCUCAGAAGGAAGCAAGAGGCUGCUUGUUUACGAAUAUGUUUGCAAUGGUUCAUUGGAUAAACAUCUGUCGAAACACAGAAAAAGACCUCUCAGUUGGGAUAAGAAGAUAAAAAUUGCUACUGGAGCUGCAAAAGGCCUACUAUACCUGCAUCAAAACAACAUCAUCCAUAGAGAUGUGAGACCAAACAACAUCCUCGUGACACACGAUUAUGAAUCACUGCUAGGAGAUUUUGGUCUUGCGAGAACUCAACACGAAGACUCAGAUCGAUCAUCAGAUACAACGAGAGUUGUCGGAACUCUGGGAUAUUUGGCCCCAGAAUAUGCGGAAAAUGGGAAAGUGUCAACUAAGACAGAUGUUUAUGCUUUCGGGGUCAUUCUAUUACAGCUUAUCACAGGACUGAGGCCUACUGACAAGAAGCUUGAAGGAAAAAGUCUUGUGGGAUGGGCAAGACCACUGCUAAAAGAAAGGAACUACCCAGAUUUAAUCGAUCCGAGGAAUGUGGAUUGCCAUGAUGUUCACCAGCUCUAUUGGAUGGUUCGGGUAGCCGAAAAAUGUCUCAGCAGGGAUCCACACAAGAGAUUACCUAUGGAUAGUGUGGUGAAUGCUUUGACUUACUUGAACGAUGCCAACCCAGUUUGUAGCAUUGGAGACUUUUCACCAGCACAAUCUGAGUCAGCGGGAAGCAUUCCGGGAUCUUCUGAAUCGCAUGCUACUGAUUAUAUUAGCAUAGAAAUUACUCCCACCAUAGACUACAUGCAACAUCCCACCUCUACUAUUUCUUCAGAAACAGAAGGGUCUAGCUCUUUCACUGUCUCUGUGAAUUCCCCCUCGGGUACUAGUUCUGAGUACUGAAGACGAGAGAUACAAUGUCAGAAUAAUAAGAAUGGUGAGUACUUCUUUACGGGGGAUGAUUUCCACACACGUCUUUUCUCGUUGUGCGCACUUCUAUCUCAUAAUUAUCUUUUAUAUAAUUGAGAGAUUUCUGCGUGCACGUGGAGAAAACGAGUGUGCGGAAACGUCCCACGCACAUCUUUUUGAACUUUUUAUUUUAUAACAAGAGUGGUGGAGUACUUUUAAGGAUGAGAUUACCAAUCUUCAGAUGAUGAAAGUUAAUCGAGCAUUUUGGGUUGUACUAGGACCUCUCCACUGCAAAGGCUGGAACGUUCUAAUUUUGUAUGAUUAUUUUAAGUUUGACAUUUGAUAUGCAUAUUUAUUUU